AUGUCUUCACUAUUUCGAACGCUAAGCCGGGGGAAAACCAAGGAGACACCUCCUCCGGCCUUUGACCCGGAGGCGUUCAAGAAGACGAUAUCCCUACCGCGAGCCUUGGCUCCGAAGCAUAUAGCGGAUGAGAAGAAUCGGCAAAGGAAAGCUAUAAGUGCCCAAGAACAGCAGGGAGAGCGAAGUGUGUCGCCAAAGCCGAACACGGACGUCCAGCCAAGUCGGGCCAACCACCGCCGCAACUGGUCAUGGCGAUCUGCACCUUUCAUGAAGACAAAAAUGGAGAUUGUGACUCUCGACGUCGACAAGCCCUUACCUCCCAUUCCUCGAUCCAAGGAAAUUCAUGUAACAGUGAACCGAAAGUCGAUGGCCUCGUCAUACUGGGGGUGCGCAGGACCACAAGAUGCGGGCGACGUCGCAGCAAUGACCCCGCUACCCCCCACCAGUUUCAAGUUUAUUGAGCCACAACCAGGUAUCCGCUUCCGGAACGAGGAGGAAGCUCGAGAGGCUUGUCGGGUCAUCGCGACUCUCCGCGAGUCCUUUUUCGAUGAUUGUGCCCCGGACAUAGUCGAUCGGUGCGGCCGCAACUGCCAGAAGUGCGCUCAGAGGGCCUCACAUACUCAUCCGUCCUCAGACGAGGCCAUCCCGAACUACCGUCUCGUCGUCACGGAGGUUGAUGAAGAUCCUCAGGGUGAAGAGAUAGUCGUUGAUCAGGUCUCGGAGGAAGAGAUGACGGAGGUUGGUCACUUCAAGGCUUGGCUACACGAAUUUGGAUUAUUCUUUCUCAAUACGCGGCAAGGCCCUCCUGGCCAGUGA